CUUCCGGCGGGCCGGUAUUUUUUUUCCGGUGGUUGGUCCUGGGCGGCCCCUCCCCGACUGGGCCCCGUGCCCCCCGCCCAUGCGGCCCCCCGCCGCCGGGCCAGCCGCCACCAUGAAGAAAUUCUUUCAGGAGUUCAAGGCCGACAUCAAGUUCAAGAGCGCAGGACCCGGUCAGAAGCUCACGGACUCCGUGGGGGAAAAGGCCCUCAAAGAGAAACCCACCCAGCCAGCCCCAAGGCAGCCCCGCCAGGGACCCACCAAUGAGGCACAGAUGGCAGCCGCUGCCGCCUUGGCCCGGCUGGAGCAGAAGCAGUCCCGGCCCUGGGGCCCCACAUCACAGGACACCAUCCGAAACCAGGUGAGAAAGGAACUUCAAGCCGAAGCCACCGUCAGCGGGAGCCCGGAGGCCCCAGGGACCAACAUGGUAUCUCAGGCCAGAGAGGAAGGCUCUGCCCACCUGGCCGUGCCUGGCAUCUACUUCACCUGUCCGCUCACCGGGGCCACCCUGAGGAAGGACCAGCGGGACGCCUGCAUCAAGGAGGCCAUUCUCUCACGCUUCUCCACCGACCCAGUGGCCGCCUCCAUCAUGAAGAUCCACACGUUCAACAAAGACCGGGACCGGGUGAAGCUGGGCGUGGACACCAUCGCCAAGUACCUGGACAACAUCCACCUGCACCCCGAGGAGGAGAAGUACCGGAAGAUCAAGCUGCAGAACAAAGUGUUCCAGGAGCGCAUUAACUGCCUGGAAGGGACCCACGAGUUUUUUGAGGCCAUUGGGUUCCAGAAGGUGAUGCUUCCCAUCCCAGAUCAGGAGGACCCCGAGGAGUUCUAUGUGCUCAGUGAGGCCACCCUGGCCCAGCCCCAGAGCCUGGAGAGGCACAAGGAGCAGCUGCUGGCCGCAGAGCCUGUGCGUGCCAAGCUGGACCGGCAGCGCCGGGUCUUCCAGCCCUCGCCCCUGGCCUCGCAGUUCGAAUUGCCUGGGGACUUCUUCAACCUCACGGCUGAGGAGAUUAAGCGGGAGCAGAGGCUCAGGUCUGAUGCAGUGGAGCGGCUGAGCGUGCUGCGGACCAAGGCCAUGCGGGAGAAGGAGGAGCAGCGGGGGCUGCGGAAGUACACCUACACGCUGCUGCGCGUGCGCCUCCCUGAUGGCUGCCUCCUGCAGGGGACCUUCUACGCCCGGGAACGGCUGGAGGCAGUGUACGGGUUCGUCCGGGAGGCCCUGCAGCACGACUGGCUGCCUUUUGAGCUGCUGGCCUCGGGAGGGCAGAAGCUGUCAGAGGACGAGAACCCGGCCUUGAACGAGUGCGGGCUGGUGCCCUCUGCCCUCCUGACCUUCUCGUGGGACGUGGCCCUGCUGGAGGACAUCAAGGCCGCCGGGGCUGAGCCGGACUCCAUCCUGAAACCUGAGCUCCUGUCAGCUAUCGAGCAGCUCUCGUGAAAUAAAAGCAGGGUUGGCCUCAGCCCUGUGGGUCUGUCUCAUGCUCUCCCUGUCCCUAUCCCUACCGCCCCAGGGCCUCUAAGCCACCUCUGGAAAGACCUGCUUUUCCCCAUGGGCAAGGGAAAGGUGUCGGCCGGCUGUAGAGCCAUGCAACCGGGCCCUGUGGCAGAGCCCCCCAGCCCCCAAGGGAGAGGCCUCGGGACGCCACCAAAUCGAAGUCCUCCCUAGCUGUGGUAACUGUCAUGAAGCCCCUGGGCAGACAAACGGGCAUCUCCCUGGACAGGAGAGCAGGCUCAUGGCACAGGUCCUGUUCCUGUGUGCCAUGGGUGGCAGCAGCUGCACCCGACGCUGGGGCUGGUCUGUGGAUGUGGGUGACGACAGUAGAGGGGACACUGGCCUUCAAGCACGGACCUGCAGUUACUAAAUUAUGAACCCAAAUAAACAGGGUGUUUGAAUAU